UGAUUUGACAGCUUGCAAUGUCAACAACGGUUUAUUUACUGUUUACGUCCAACUCCACAGCAGACCGGAAAGGUUCGAAAUGAAUAUUGUGCGAAAUGACUUCAAAAUAAUGCCCCGCUCGAUGGUGUGCGAGGACAGCAAUCUGCGGGGUGACAUCACGAUCUCCUCCGGAUGCGUCAUCCAUCCGUGCUCCACCAUCAUUGCCGAGUCGGGACCGAUCGUGCUGGGGGAGAACUGUAUCGUGGAGGAGUACGCAACGUUGCGGUACCGGAUACCGGAGAAUCACCCGGACCACGGCGCACUGAAGGCGGAAGGUGUGACAAAGCCGCUGAUAAUCGGGCCGGACAAUGUGUUCGAGGUAGGUUGCACGGUGGAGGCACUUUCGAUCGGCGAACGGAAUGUGUUCGAGUGCAAGAGCUACGUGUCGGCGGACGUUACCGUUGGGAGUGGGUGCGUUAUCGGUGCCGGGUGCCGGCUAGUUGGUCAGCAAACACUGCCGGAUAAGACGAUUGUUUAUGAGGCGCAGUGCAUGCAACGGGAAGCGAUGGACAAGCAGAAAACGCAAAUGAUACAGCUGGACUAUUUGCGGAAGAUACUGCCCAACUAUCACCAUCUACGGAAGGCCAACUAUGAUCCAAAAAAGGCACGGGAACAGGUUUAGAGCAAACGGGGGAAAUGUAGGUUACUCAUUACUGUGGGUCGUGCACACUUAGCGUGUAGGUUUUCAUGAAUAUUCCGUUCCAUUUAAUUUUCGCUUUUCAUGUUUAUUUAGUAAUUUAAUCAAUUAGUAUGUUUGUGUAAUCGUCGUGCCGAACGUUAAAGGUUUAAUUUGAAAGCUAACUUAAUAAAGCUUGCUUGCAGUGGAA